UGGUGCCACGACGGAGAAAGAGGCUGGGUAACUUCUUGGAGAAGUUUUGUAACAUAAACAUGAAAGUUUGCGUGUUACUUUUCGGAGUACUAUCCCAGGUUGUCGGCAUCGAGAUCGUCCAGAAGGUUGACGAGGACAUAUUUGAUAAAACUGGAUGGAUAACCCACCGUUGUCAUGGUACCGAGGUUGGCUUUGGCUACUCGGGAACCCUGGAUCUACAUUACCAGAAUCUGAAGAACCGGUACCAGGAUUGCACGUAUGUCCAUGGUAACUUGGAAAUCACCAAUCUGGACGAUCCCAAAAUAGAUUAUGACCUCAGUUUCCUGUCCAAGAUUCGUUACGUCAGUGGGUAUGUUCUGAUCGGCUUGGUGACGGAGGUCGAGAGGAUUCCCUUGACGUCUCUAGAGGUUGUCAGGGGCAACAAUACAUACCGCGUUAGAGGUGUCGAGUACAGUCUCAUCGUGGCUCUGACGUCACGAUUCCCCGACGUCAACGUUGGUCUCAGGGAGCUGCAUAUGCCGUCACUGAAAGAGGUGACUGUUGGGAAAGUAUUGUUUUCCCAGAACCCCGCGCUCUGCUACGUCGACACCAUCGACUGGGACACCAUCACUGCCGGCAGAAACAACUCCAUCAACUUCGAGGAGCUUGCCUCUUCCCAAACAUGUGACAACUGCUCGGACAAGUGCGACGUGGACGGCGUCCGGAGGUGCUGGUCAUACGACAUCUGUCAGGAGGUAAACUCAGGGAAGUGUGAUGAGACCUGCCCCUACCGGUGCUACGGUCCUGACGCUGGCCAGUGUUGUCACCCCACCUGUGCUGUUGGCUGCACCGGACCCACGGAACGUGACUGUCUGGCAUGUAAAGACUACUACUAUGACGACCACUGUACCUCCCACUGCCCCGACAGGAGCUACCCCCGCAAACAGGCGUGUAUUCCCUUCUGAGGGCAGGAUGUCAACAGUUUGACAUGUUGAAAUCAACAGUUGUUGAUAGCAGGGAAUUCUCAAGUGUCAGGAAUAUCAUGACACAAAAUGAAAUCAACAUGCCACUGCAAGUAUAGUGAUGACAUAUGGACCAGCGUCUAAGAAAUACCCAAACAACUAAAGCAACAAGUGAUAGACGUCAAUUGACGUCAUAAUAUGAUUAGUUUUUGACGCCAGUAUUAUCACAACUACACCUUUUUAUCUUGUUAAACAACCAUCACGCUUAAAUAUAAUCGCUAAUCGUUUGGAGUUUGAGCGUUUGGGGAAUAAACUUCGAUAUGUACCUUUAAAUAAGAAUGAAUCUC